AGGAGGUUGAGGAGGAGGGGGUGCAUUAGCUUCUUGGACAAGUCUUUCUGCCCCUCUGUCAGGUAGUUGAGAAUCUGUUGGUCCAAAGAGCUGGCAGACAUGGACAUGGCAGACUACAGCGAGGCUCUGGACCCAGCUUACACCACGCUGGAGUUCGAAAACAUGCAGGUGCUCCCUUUGGGUGCAGACUCCUCACCAUCUGAGAGCGCCAACAUGAACGCCCCUGGCCACCUGGGGGCGGGCAGCAUGUGUGCCAUAUGUGGGGACCGAGCCACGGGCAAACACUAUGGGGCGUCCAGCUGCGACGGCUGCAAGGGCUUCUUCAGGCGCAGCGUCCGCAAAAAUCACAUGUACUCCUGCAGGUUCAACAGACAGUGCAUUGUGGACAAAGACAAGCGAAAUCAAUGCAGAUACUGCAGACUGAAGAAAUGCUUCAGAGCGGGAAUGAAGAAAGAAGCCGUGCAGAAUGAAAGAGAUAGAAUCAGCACUCGGAGAUCGAGCUAUGAAGACAGCAGUUUACCAUCCAUCAACGCACUCAUCCAGGCAGACGUGCUGUCAAGACAGAUCACGUCUCCCACUCCCAUACUGAACGGCGACAUCAGGACCAAAAAGAUCGCCGCCAUCACAGACGUGUGCGAGUCUAUGAAGCAGCAGCUGCUGGUCCUGGUGGAGUGGGCCAAGUACAUCCCAGCCUUCUGUGACCUGCCCCUGGAUGACCAGGUGGCGCUGUUGCGAGCUCAUGCAGGGGAACACCUCUUGCUUGGUGCAGCAAAGAGAUCCAUGCUAUACAAAGACAUCCUCUUAUUAGGAAACGACUACAUCAUUCCCAGGAACUGUCCUGAGCUGGAGGUGGGCCGGGUGGCAGUAAGGAUCCUGGAUGAGCUGGUGCUUCCCUUCCAGGAGCUUCAGAUAGACGACAAUGAAUAUGCCUGUUUGAAAGCCAUAGUUUUCUUUGACCCAGAUGCUAAAGGUCUGAGCGACCCCGGAAAGAUCAAGCGGAUGCGAUACCAAGUCCAGGUCAGCCUGGAGGACUACAUCAACGACAGACAGUACGACUCCAGGGGGCGUUUCGGCGAGCUGCUCCUGCUGCUGCCGACGCUACAGAGCAUCACCUGGCAAAUGAUCGAACAGAUCCAGUUUGUCAAACUCUUCGGCAUGGCCAAAAUCGACAACCUGCUUCAGGAAAUGCUCCUAGGAGGUUCUGCAAAUGAGGCUCCACAUGCACCCCACUCUCUGCACCCUCACCUGGUUCAGGAGCACCUCAGCAGCAACAUCAUACUGACCAGCACUAUGCCAACGCCCAUCCAUAACGGUCAAAUCUCCACUCCUGAAACCCCGAUCCCGUCUCCGCCCACUGCCUCCAGCUCAGAACAUUAUAAAAUGGCCCAGGGGGUCAUAGCCACCGUGCCCAAGCAGCCGACCUCCAUCCCUCAGCCGACUAUUACAAAGCAGGAGGCCAUCUAACAACGCUCUGUGCCCAUAUUCCUUCAGUUUUUUAUUGUUGUGUCGAACCAGGGUGUUUAUGCAUUCACAAUCAGCGUCGAAGCUGUACACUUGACUGAAACGAUAAAACUAGCUGAACAUGUAGGAUGUAAUUUCAAUGACGUCCCUCACAGAUUGCUGUUUCUCUUCAGGGAUCUUUUUGUUCAAACAUGCAGCUGCAGAUGAGCUCAGCAAAUGCUCGGCAAAAAAGUUAGCAUUUAAACUCUUCAGAUAUGUUGUUGUUCUGUAAGAUUAACACAUAGAAAUACAUUAUUGUGUUUAUAGUUUAUUAUUGGGAAACAAAACAUCCUUUAGAUUGGCCUUAGUGUGCAGUAGGGCUUAUGUGAGACAUGGUGACUCAAUCAUGUCAGUAUUUUAUGAAUGUUACAACAGGCCUUACUUUGUCCUUUAUUUAGUGUUGCACAGUAUUUUUAUUUAAGCUCAUUAGUGAUAAAAUGGUGAAAACUUUCUGAGAACAUUUUAUCAAAGCUAAAGAAAAUCCCUUGUGUGACUUCAUAAAUCCUAAAAAUCUCUGCUGUUUGCUUUGGUGUGAUGAUAAAAGUUUAUUUACAGUAGUGAAAAUGUUAGAAUUAAGACCAAGAAAUCUUGGUACACUAGAGCCUGGUGUCACUUUGUAAAAGUAGGCACAGGCGGACACGCUGAGGAAGUUUCCCAAUAUGUUGUACUUGUUUUUAAAAAUGUGUUCUAUUUUUUGUUUAGUACUUUGUCAUGGUUUAACUGAUGGAAGAAAUUGUGCCUUUUAACUUGUACUGCCUUACAAAAACAGGAAAUGUUUGCCUUUUAAUGUGAAGAUGAAUUAAUAAAUCUUAAGGUCUAUUUUUA